CGGACAGCGGGGACCGGCGCGGCUCUCGGGCGCGGGGUGGCUCUCGCGGCGGCCGGCCCGGCAUCGGGCGCAGCUACCAGGACAACGGCGGCCCAGACGCCGGCGGCGACUUCAACGGCAGGAGGAACGAUGUCUCCGGUAGUCGGCGAGACCGCGGACGCCGGGAUGGCAGUCACAACAGCGGAAUACAGAUGGGCGGCAUGGUGCCACCGGGCGGUGUGAUGCCGGCCGGCCAGCACCUGGUGGCGCCCGGCGCUGGACCCAACAACGGCCUGCAGAUGGCAGCACCCGGCCCGCAGCCCAUGGGCAUGGCCCAGCCUGGGCCCGACCCCAUGCAGAUGUGGGACAUGCAACAGCAACAGCAACAGCAGCCGCCGCCGCCCAUCCCGCAGCAGCAGCAACAGCAGCAGCCCCCCAACAUGAUGGGCUACAACAUGCCCAACAUGGACAUGAACAACAUGGGCAACAUGUACAACAUGGGCGGUGCUGGUGCUGUCGACCCCAGCAUGAUGAUGACUCAGGGCCAGUACAACCUACUACCGGCCGGCAUGCAGCAGCCGCUCUACCCCCAGCUGCCCGGCACGUGGAUGCCCGACGGCAACUUCGUGGCCAUCAAGGAGGUGAUCACGUGCGCCGAGUGUGUGCUGUACCCGCCCAACCCCAACGCGAGACCGCCCAUGACGCGCGAGCGGCCGCCCGGCUGCCGCACCGCCUUCAUCGGAGGCCUGCCCGAGAACAUCACCGAGGACAUUCUGCGGGACGUGUUCCGCCGCUGCGGCCAGAUCUCCAGCGUGCGCAUGUCGCAGAAGAACUUCGCCCACAUCCGCUACGAGCUGGAGGUGUACGUUGAGUACGCCAUCAUGCUCUCCGGCUACCGCAUGCGCAUCCGGGACGAGACGGACGCGCCCAACACGGGCCGGCUGCACUGCGACUACGCCCAGGCCCGCGACGACACGUACGAGUGGGAGUGCCAGCAGCGCGUGCUGCAGCGCGAGAUGCGCCACCGGCAGCGGCAGAUGGAGGACAUGGCGCGGCCGCCCUCGCCGCCGCCCGUCACGCACUACACGCAUCACGAGGCGCAGCAGCUGAUGGAGAAGAUCAAGGAGGAGUCGACGUUCGGAGAGUCGGUGCAGCUGCUGACCAGCUGGCUGGAGCGCGGCGACUGCAACAAGCGCACCGCCGGCAACUUCUACUCCAUGAUCCAGUCCACCAACUCGCACGUCCGACGGCUGAUGGCCGAGCGCUCCACCAUCGAGGAGGAGCUGACGCGGAUGCGCGAGGAGGCGCGCCUCCGCCAGCAGCAGGUCAUCGUGCAGUUCGGCCAGAUCGAACACGUGUUCGUGGCGGCUUGCCAGCAGAAGGUCUGGGAUCACUUCAGCAAGGCCCAGAGGAAAAACAUUGAACUCUGGAAGAAGCAGGCGGCGGAGAUCAAGAAGAUGCAGAUCGAUGAGCUGUCGGGCGAGCGCGCCGAGGAGGAGAUGGAGCUCUCCGACGACGAGGAGCCCAGCAAGAAGCGCACGCGCCGACAGGGCGGCGCCGCCCCGGCCGAGGAGGACGACGCGGCUGACGCGCUGCGCUGCCAGCUGGAGGCCUACAAGAACGAGGCGGAGAUGGUGCGCUACGAGCACCACGAAGAGUUGCAGGCCAAGGACAAGGAGAUGGAGAUCAUGCGCAAGACCAUGCAGAACGUGCAGCAGCAACUGCUGACCUGCAAGUCUCGGGAGACGACGCUGGAUCGCCAGGUGGCGCAGCUGCAGGCCCAGCUGGAGCGGUUGAGGAAGCCGUCCCUGGCUGAGGGGAAGGCGGAGGAUAAGGCGGAGGGCGACACGGAGGCCGCCGACGUCCCGGAGAAGCCGGACAAGGAGCCGACAGAGGACGUCCAGCCAGCAACGGGAACGGGCCGACGCACUAGCGACGAGGCGGCACCGUCAGCCCUGCUGCUCUCGCCCAUCGAUGGUCAAGACGCCCGCAUCAUAGGGCUCGCGUCGGCCUUCCUGAACGUGCAUCCGGAGGGCGCCAGCUGCGACUACAUCUGGUCUUACCUGCAGCAGUUCCCCGGCUACCUGUCGCUCAGUCCGCGCGACGUCGAGACCGUGCUGUCCAGGUACGGCCGCGUGUUCCGCGAGGUGGUGUCUGGCCUCGGCGCCCGUAUGGAGCGCAAGUGGACCUUCAUCGGCUACACGCCGCCCCAGGACGGGGAAUGACAUCACCGGCCAGCGGCGGCUGCUAUUGGUUGGCGGACCAGAAGUGUGUGACGUCAGUGGCGUGCGUCGGCGUUCACUGGUUGUCCGACCGGAGGCGGCUGACGUCACUGUCGUGUGUCGGCGCCGAUUAGUCGGCAGGCUGUGGGCGGCCGAUGUUGCCGGCAGCGCUGGCGCCCAUUGGUCGAGAGGUGGUUGACGUAACCGCCCUGUGGGCGGAGCAAAAUGAUGUCACGGCACGGUGCAGCAUGUGGUGUUUUCCCAGUGGCGGAGUGGUGUCGGCGGGUGGUGCGGUAACUCGCAGCAGACCCCGUUUCUGGACCUAGAUGUUUGCCGCGCCGCCCCUCUGUUCAUCAGGUACUGCACGCAGAGAGUUUUUGGUUCCGCCGUGUUGACUUCAAUAUACGUUUGCCCUCACCUUG